AUGGCAACCGCACACCUCAAGUUUUGAGACAGUGUGUCACAUCCAGUCUUCAGCACCUGUACUCUCUUGCUUCAAAUACAUGCUAUUGUAAGACAUGCUGUUUACCAUCACUUUGCUGAAAUGUGAAACCUGUUCCAUGAAAAAGAUGUUUGGAUGCUCUGAAACCUGUAAUCUUUUUUUUUUUUUUUUUUUUUUUUUUUUUGGUCCCAAUAAUUUAUUACAAUUUGACAUUAGGAUUACUGGAGUACAUGAGAUCUCAGUUAUUAAUGAAAACAUCAAUUUCACAACUUAUCACACCAUUUUACAACUGCUCAUUGAGGCGAAUAGGUAGAAAAAUAUUGGGUGAACAAGGGUGAACGAACGGACACAAAUGCAGGACUCUGUACGAUCUUUAUGUAACAAGAAAGUUUAUUUACACAACACCAAAAGAAGUCACUUGGAUGCGUGACGAAACGUUUCUUCCAAUGAAAACGCACAGAACACCAAGUGCAGUAAAAAGUGAUAUUUUUAAUAAAAAUAAAUGUUUUUAAAUGGACGCUGUAUGAUAAAAAAGUAUUUAUAUACUAUAAAAUUAAAACAAAAACACAUUUUAAAGUGGCACAUGGCAACAGGUUUCUAUGUAACAAAAUUAUGUUAUGAUUCUAUGGUUGCUAUCGGUACCAUAUAAAGUAAAUAAAUAUAUGAAACAUAACAUGGAAAGUUCUUCACUAUUUCAAUCCUGAGCUUGGAGAGAAACUGACUAUCACGGCGGUUGUAAAGCAAGGAUUUACCAACAAGCAGAGAUUUAUUGGAUUGCAAAACCACUGACCAUCGACUGACAGCAUGGGAAAAGCAAAGAUGAAGACAAAGUGGCUACAGGACAGCAGCCCUGAAUCCCUCCAACACCUUCCAGAAAAAACGCCCUCCACCUCUGGCUUCCAGCAUAGACGACCGCAGGCUGCCAAUCAAGAGGUAAACACUGGACAGCCAGUGAGGAGCUCAAGCCCCCAGCCCUCCACCUCUGGUUUACACUUGAACCGUGACUGGAGAACGAGGAGAUCCAGGCCUCAGGCCUCCACCUCUGGUUUCAAGCGUGGGAGAGAGGAGGCUGACCAGGAAGAGGUACACCCUGGUCGGCGAGUGAGGAGAUCCAGCCCUCAGCCCUCCACCUCUGGCUUCCAGCAUAGACGACUGAAGGCUGCCAAUCAAGAGGUAAACACUGCACAGCCAGUGAGGAGCUCAAGCCCCCAGCCCUCCACCUCUGGUUUACACUUGAACCGUGACUGGAGAACGAGGAGAUCCAGGCCUCAGGCCUCCACCUCUGGUUUCAAGCGUGGGAGAGAGGAGGCUGACCAGGAAGAGGUACACCCUGGUCGGCGAGUGAGGAGAUCCAGCCCUCGGCCCUCCACCUCUGGCUUCCAGCAUAGACGACCGAAGGCUGCCAAUCAAGAGGUAAACACUGACCAGCUGGUGAGGAGCUCAAGCCCCCAGCCCUCCACCUCUGGUUUACACUUGAACCGUGACUGGAGAACGAGGAGAUCCAGGCCUCAGGCCUCCACCUCUGGUUUCAAGCGUGGGAGAGAGGAGGCUGACCAGGAAGAGGUACACCCUUGUCGGCGAGUGAGGAGAUCCAGCCCUCGGCCCUCCACCUCUGGCUUCCAGCGUGGACGACAGACAAGCCAAGCUCAUGUGGUGCCAUCCCCAGUCUUCUACCUCUUUUUUCAACCGUGGAAGAGAGGAGGCUGAACAGGAAGAGCAGGAACACCAAAGAUUCCGGAGCGGGUACUACGGAGUCCAGACUGACACCGAUGGGUCCCGUCCCACCGUGCGCUUCCCUUAUUGGUUUCUACCAAACACUGUUAAUGAUGUACUGGGUAUGGUCUCGGGGUGGUGGAACAGCUCUUCAUAUACACCACAGAUGGAGUAUUUCUCACUCACUCAAGGGCAGUCUCCAUUAGAGAUUCUUUAAGUGGCAAAUCCAUCGGCCACACAUUUCUUUACACAUUUCUUUUCCUUCCUACCUACAUAGUUACAGCUAAGUUUAAGAUAUAGAUUAGUAAUGAUAAGUUAUAUAGAAAACUAAUAGUACAUUUAGAAUAUCUCUCCAUCUCUUUAUUUUAACUUUGUUUUUUAAAUCUUCAAGUGUUUAAGAUACAGUAGUGAUAAGUUUAGAUUUAGAUGUUUAAUGAUAAGUGACCCUUUUCCAAUUUCUUUAUUUGAAUGUUUGAAUGUUCAAUUAAAACUGCGUUUGUCUUGUUAUGACUCAAAGAUAGCAAUUCUGUCAUAAUCCUUCAUUUAUAAUACAAUUUUGACUUUUCAUGUUAUGACAUAAAACAAACAAAAUAAAAACCAACUAAACUAAUGGACCAGUUUUAGAUUUUUAUUGAUUUGAUGGGAUGUUUCCAAAGGGUUGGGCUUAUCUAUCUUUUAAUAUUUUGUUUUAUGUUUUCAUUUGUUUUAUGUUUCUUAGGGUUAUAAAAACUUGCUAGUAAAUUCAGUAAAGGCUGUAUUAACAUUAUCUGCAUUAAACUAAUUCAUUGUUUGGA